AUACAAGACAAUAACGAAAAAAUAGGGAAACUAGACAUUAGAAAAGCAAUGAUAGAGAGAGAAAAGUAAAAUAUAUAUUCCUGUUCAGAAUUCGUAGGCGGCGAUCUCCUCUGUCUCCGUUCCACCAUCAACCCUACCUUUCGAUCUGCGUUUCGCACUCAGGUCUGAAUUUGGAAAGAAGAGAUACCUACCAGCUUGAUCAUGUUUGGCGUCAUAAGGCGAAGGGUUGCUUCUGGCAACCCAUCUCCUUUGUUUCUAGGUCAGUCAGUUCAUAAGAUCUGGUCUGGCCCAUCAGUUCCUGCUAGAGUUUCUUCCAUUUUGGAAAAAGAGAUUGCAUUUCAUUCAGGAGGAUGUGGAAACCUCAGGAAUUUCUGUCACAUAACACCUGGAUGCUGGAUUAAUUCAAAGCCUAUGAGGGAGCAUUUUCAUCAGGAUGCUACCAUGCAAACAUGGAGGCGUCCAUUUUCUUCAGAAAGUGGAGAUACGGUUGAUGUUGUGGUCCCUCCUUUGGCUGAAUCUAUUGCUGAUGGAACUCUGGCAAAAUUUUUGAAGAGGCCUGGUGACAGAGUUAAUGUUGAUGAACCAAUUGCUCAAAUUGAAACAGAUAAGGUGACCAUUGAUGUUUCAAGUCCCGAGUCAGGUGUGAUUGUGAAGCUUCUAGCAAGUGAAGGGGAUACUGUUGAGCCAGGUAACAAGAUAGCAAUCAUUUCAAGGUCUGCUGAUGCUACUCAUGUUGCCCCAUCUGAGACUACAUCUGGGAAAGCUGCUCCUCAGUCUGAGAAAGCUGCUCCUCAGUCGACCCCUCAAAAGAUUAGUGAGGAGAAGAAGGCAACCAGAGUUGAAGCUGCUCCUACUGCAGAGAAACCCAAAGCUCCUCCUGCUUCACGGAGCUCACCCACCGAGCCCCAGCUUCCCCCUAAGGAAAGAGAAAGACGAGUUCCAAUGACAAGGCUUCGGAAACGAGUUGCUACACGGUUGAAAGAUUCCCAGAACACAUUUGCUAUGCUGACCACCUUCAAUGAAGUUGAUAUGACUAAUUUGAUGAAGCUCCGUGCUGAUUAUAAGGAUGCUUUUGUUGAAAAGCAUGGAGUCAAAUUGGGACUUAUGUCUGGGUUUGUCAAAGCUGCUGUCAAUGCACUCCAGUAUCAGCCAAUCGUAAAUGCUGUUAUUGAUGGGGAUGAUAUUAUAUACAGAGAUUAUAUUGAUAUCAGCAUAGCUGUUGGUACCCCAAAGGGCCUUGUUGUGCCAGUUAUCCGCAACGCUGAUACCAUGAACUUUGCUGAUAUAGAAAAGCAGAUCAAUGCUUUUGCAAAGAAGGCAAAUGAAGGAACUUUAUCAAUUGAUGAGAUGGCUGGAGGCACUCUUACAAUAUCCAAUGGUGGUGUUUAUGGAAGCCUUUUGAGUACCCCUAUCAUCAACCCCCCCCAGUCGGCAAUCUUGGGUAUGCAUUCCAUAGUGAGCCGUCCAAUGGUUGUUGGAGGAAAUAUUGUCCCAAGGCCAAUGAUGUAUGUUGCUCUAACAUAUGACCAUAGAAUAAUUGAUGGAAGAGAGGCAGUAUUCUUCCUGCGACGCAUCAAAGAUAUUGUGGAGGAUCCUCGCAGGCUUCUGCUUGACAUAUGAAGUGAACCUCUGCUUUACUGGAGUAAAUUAAAACCCAAAAUUCAAAUACCAUAAUGGGUACCCUUUUGUUUGUCUCUUGAAUUGCGGCUGCCCGUAAUUUUUAAUUUGUAAUGAGCAAACGAUUUAGGAUCCUAUCCCAAUUUCUGUCUUAUAUUAAUUCGGUAUACUUCUGUUUUUGCAACCCACUAUUCCUCUCAUUUAACAUGAAGAGGGUCAGUUUUUGGCUCAGAAAUUGUAUGAAACGACUAUAAACUUUAUUGUAGGGAUUGCCCCUGAAGUAAUAAUGCGAUUUCUUUACUUGG